AUGGAUGACCUAUAUGAUGAGUUCGGUAAUUACAUCGGUGAAGCCGAGUCCGAUGAGGAGCAGCAGGAGCAGGUCCCUCAGGCUUUCAAGUUCGAUGAAGCCUUUGAAGAUGAUGAAGAAGAGUCGGUGGUCAAUGACCAGCAGUUAAUGGAAGUUGAUGGUAAGAUCUGUUCGCGUUCGCCGGAGAUGAAAGUUCGCGACGGCAGGUUGAGCCCCAAUGUGCUAAUUUGCGCCUGGCAUACAGAUGGUCCUUCAAAUGCGGUCAUCCUCCAUGAAGAUAAGCAAUACUAUCCCAGCGCACAGCAAGUAUAUGGUGAAGAUGUCGAGACUAUGGUCCAAGAAGAAGAUGCGCAGCCGCUGUCCGAGCCGAUAAUUGCGCCAGUCACCAAGAAGAAAUUUGCGAUUGCGGAGACAGAGCUUCCUCCCGUCUAUUACUCGCGAGAGUUUAUGUCAGAUCUGCUCAACUUCCCGGAUCAAAUACGAAACGUUGCUGUGGUGGGCCACUUGCACCAUGGCAAGACAGCGUUCAUGGACAUGUUGGUCCGACAAACACACGACUUGUCCGCGCGAUUGGAGAAACGCCAAGGCAAGCGCAAGGAAGAGCAACUGCGUUACACCGACAUUCACUUCUUGGAACGUGAGAGAGGUGUCUCCAUCAAGGCCGCGCCAAUGAGUUUGGUGCUCCAAGGAACCAAGGGAAAGUCUCACCUGGUCAACAUUAUUGAUACCCCAGGCCACGUGAACUUUGUGGAUGAAGUUGCUUCAUCAAUCCGCCUGGUGGAUGGUGUCGUUUUGGUGGUGGAUGUUGUGGAAGGCGUACAAGCGAAUACGGAGCAGAUCGUCAAGCAUGCUGUUUUGGAGGAUCUUCCACUGACGUUGGUGGUGAACAAGAUGGAUAGGCUCAUUCUGGAACUCAAACUUCCACCCAAUGACGCCUACUUCAAGCUCAAGCAUGUGAUUGAAGAAGUUAACACUCUUAUUGAAAGCAUUGUUCCUGGUCAGGGUGAACGGCGACGUUUGAGCCCGGAGAAGGGCAACGUCGCAUUUGCUUCAAGCUCUAUGAAUUGGUGCUUCACUCUCGAGUCAUUUGCUCGUAUGUACGCCGAUACGUAUCCCAAACUGGAUUCCGCCGAGUUCGCAGCCCGCCUCUGGGGCGACAUCUUCUACAACCCCCGGAGUCGCAAGUUCACCCGCAAAGGCGUCGAGGAAAACUCAAAGCGUGCCUUUGUGAAAUUCAUCUUGGAGCCUAUCUACAAGCUCUAUUCGCACACAAUCAGUGAAAGUCCAGAAGACUUGAAGCGGACGUUGGCUAGUGUGGGUGUCCAUCUGAAACCAUCUCAACUAAAGACCGACGCAGCUGAGCUGCUCAGACUGGUGUGCGAUCAGUUCUUUGGAGCUCCCACCGGAUUUGUGGAUAUGAUUGUGCAGCACGUGCCUUCACCCGUGGACGGCUCUCAAAGAUUGUUGGAACGAUACUACACCGGUCCGACGGACACUAAGGUUGCCGCGUCCAUGUCUAACUGUGAUUCGGAUGGACCAUUGGUUGUUCAUGUUACCAAACUCUUCGGUACUGUCGAUGCCAGCGGGUUCAACUCUUUCGGUCGUAUUCUGAGUGGUACCGCUCGGCCUGGGCAACAGGUUCGUGUUCUGGGAGAGGGAUACACCCCGGACGAUGAAGAGGACAUGGUGAUUGCGACUAUUUCGGAUACGUGGAUUGCAAACACAUGCUACAAUAUCUCUACCGAUGGCGUGCCGGCCGGUAACUGGGUCCUGUUGGGCGGCGUUGAUAAUUCCAUCGUGAAGACGGCCACGCUUGUGGCUCUAAAGUUGGAAGAUGACGAAGAACCAUACAUUUUCCGUCCUAUUCGUCAUAUGACGGAGUCCGUCUUCAAGGUGGCGGUGGAGCCUGUGAACCCCUCUGAGCUUCCCAAGAUGCUGGAUGGAUUGAGGAAGGUCAACAAAAGUUAUCCACUCAUUUCAACAAAGGUUGAGGAAUCUGGUGAGCACAUUGUUUUGGGAACGGGCGAACUUUACAUGGACUGCGUUCUUCAUGACCUUCGGCGAUUAUAUUCAGAGAUGGAAAUCAAGGUUUCCGAUCCGGUCACGCGCUUCUGCGAGACCGUGGUUGAGACCUCGGCCAUCAUGUGUUACUCCAUCACGCCAAACAAGAAAAACAAGAUCACCAUGAUCGCUGAACCGCUCGACGACGGGAUCGCUGAGGAUAUUGAGAGCGGGAAAGUCAGCAUCAAGGACCCCAUCCGUAAGGUGGCACGCUAUUUCGAAGAUAAUUACGACUGGGACAAGCUUGCAGCUCGAAGCAUUUGGGCCUUUGGUCCGGAGGAAAUGGGUCCCAAUAUCUUGCAAGACGAUACGUUACCUUCGCAGGUGGAUAAGAAGCUUCUUGGAACUGUCCGAGACUCGAUCACGCAGGGCUUCAGCUGGGGCACGAGAGAGGGUCCCCUAUGUGAAGAACCUAUUCGAAACACCAAAUUCCGACUUACUGAUGUAUCCCUUGCGGAUCAAGCCAUUUACCGUGGCGGUGGCCAAAUCAUUCCCACUGCCCGUCGGGCCGUUUACUCUUCCUUCCUGAUGGCUUCCCCUCGAUUGAUGGAACCCAUCUACGCCUGCACGAUGACCGGUCCCGCCGACGCCGUGGCCUCGGUCUACACCGUCCUCUCCCGCCGCCGUGGUCACGUCCUGUCCGACGGGCCCAUUGCCGGUACUCCGCUCUACUCGGUCCGCGGCUUGAUCCCCGUGAUCGACUCCUUCGGCUUUGAGACCGACUUGCGCAUCCACACUCAAGGCCAGGCUAUGGUGAGUCUCGUGUUUGACAAGUGGAGCGUCGUCCCCGGGGAUCCCCUGGAUCGGGACGUGAAGCUGAAGCCUCUGGAGGUGGCUAGUGCCAUGGCCACCGCGCGGGACUUUGUACUGAAGACUCGGCGUCGCAAGGGUCUGGCGGAAGAUGUCACCGUCAGCAAAUUCCUGGAACCUGAGUUGUGGAAGGGUCUGCAAGAGAGUGGUGUUCUGGAUUCAUAA